UCUUCACAUUUCUACAACUAGAAAAGAAUUUUGCGAUCGGCCGAGUUUACAUUCCGUUAUCGAACUGCAGGGGAAAAAUGUUGAAUAAGGGAAAAGAAGAAAAAGAAAAGAAUAAUCCAACUUUCUUUCACAAAAGCAAGCACUCUGUCACCUCUUUGUUGAUUUUGUUGUUGCUUUUUCUUUCUGUUUCCUUCUCUUUGGGCAUGUCUGUCUGUGUGUGUAGUGUGCGUGUGUGUGUGCGCGCGCAUGUUUGUUUGGUUGGUUGUGUUUGUGUGUUCCAUUCAGUGAUCGGUAAUCGGAUAAAAAAAAAAAAUCAGAAUUAGAAAUUGAAACCUAUACAGAUAAUAACCAAACAUGAUAAACGUAACCAAACAAAUGACUAACACCCAUCUCCCCUUUGCCUCCCCCCCUCCCCCACCCCCGCAGGCACCCCGCGACCCAUCUUCCGAACGCGACGAGUACAACUGCGCCGUUCAGAGCCCCAACUUCCCCGGCCUCUACCCCCGCCACGUCACCUGCCACUACCUCAUCAGGCAAACCCGCUACGUCCCCUUCGCCCGCCCCCUCAUCAGCAUCCUGCAGGAGGACCCGCUCAAGUUCAACGUCAAGGACCGCUCCGCUCUGCCCAACCAGGGGUCCUCCUCGAAGGGACUGCAGAUCUGGGGCGCGUGCGACCUGGUGCACGACCACCUGCUGGUGUACGACGGGAACUCGACGGACGCGCCGCUGUUCCUGAAGGUGUGCGGCUCGGGCGCGCUCCCGCCCAUCACCUCGACGGGGCCCGACAUGCUGAUCGUGUUCAGCACCUCCCGCUUCGACGAGCCGACGCAGGAGACGCUGAUGCCGCGGACGCUCGGCUUCGAGCUGGACGUGAAGGUCAACUACCUGAGCAUGGACUCGCGGGAGUUCGCGCGCAACCGCCAGUGCACGUUCCACAUCUUCGGCGCGAACAACGCCAGCGGCGAGGUGACGUCGGUGGUGAACACGCAGCCGCAGAACUCGUCGUGCGUGUACCUGUUCCACGGCGAGCCGCACGAGGUGGUGUGGGUGCACUUCCGCAAGUACGAGAUCGCGCCGCGCAUGGGCCACUACACCGGCAACAUCACCGAGUGCAUCAACCCGCUGCAGAUCUACGACGGCAACUUCUUCGACCCCAGCACGCCCUACGGGUCGCCGCGGCGCGCUAAGCUCAUCCAGGAGCACUGCACGACGCGGCCGCCGCCCAUGUGCGCGCGCGAGUACCUCCCGUCGCGCCCCGGCCUGGCCGCGCCCGUCAAGGCCUGCACGAGGAACGAGAGCUACGUGGCCAGCGGACCCAAGCUGACCGUCGUGCAGCACUACAACGAGUCGACGGCCGCGCUCGCCAUGGACUUCAUCCUCAGGUACGAGUUCGUCAACACCCGCCCGGGCUACCAGCCGACCAACGGGAGCGAGUGCGACUUCGAGGCCAUCAGCGACGGCUACUCGCUGCGCACGGGCCGCGUGUUCUCGCCGCGGACGUCGGUGCUCUACGGCAGGUGGGGCCGCAAGAAGCUCUCGUGCCAGUACCGCCUCACGGCCCACAGUGACGAGGUGGUGCGCGUCACCAUCACCAAGUUCCACAGCGUCUCGCGCUCCUGCGUCACCACCACCAACAACUUCACCAAAGGCUACGACUGCGACAACCUCUCCGGCCAGACGGCGUCGCUGGUGCUGUCCGAAUACCCUUGGCAGGACAUCGAAGUCCCGAGACUCUGCACGUGCGACUACUCGGCCAUUCCCAUCGAAUACGAAUCGAAGUCACAAGAGGUGCGCCUCAAAUUUGAAGUCGACAACAUGGAUGACAAUCACGACUACAUGGACUUCAUGUUUGAGGCUCAGUACGAGUUCAUAAAGAAGUCCUCUUGCAAAAAGGUGCAGAGGCUGCAAGGCACCAACGGCCAGAUUGUGUUCCAGAGAGCCAACAAGACGGAGGACAAGCCGUGCGACAGCUACCCGUGGCUGCUGCAGACGUCCGACGCCGAGAAGUCGAUAUACUUCAGAAUACGAGGCUACGACCACAUCGACAAGAACUGCUCCACCUCCACCCGCCUGCUGGUGUUCAAGGUGGGGCGGCUGCGGCCCGUCGGCGUCCUGUGCCCCGACCCGACCAGCAAGAACGUCGUGGAGCUCUUCAGCUUCGCCUGGCAGGGCUCGGGCACCCUGGUGGAGCAGUCGACGGACAAGCUGGUGCUGGAGGUGUCGGGGCGCGACCCGACCCGGGACCUGGGGCCGCACACGCUCUCCUGGCUGCAGGUGUCGCCGGCCAGGCAGUACGACUGGUCGGCCGAGGGCAUCGUGCGCGGCUGCCAGCAGGAGUGCCCCGAGCUGGGCGUGUGCAUCAGCGAGGACCUGUGGUGCGACGGCAUCCACCACUGCCCCUCGGGCCACGACGAGCUCAUCGCCCACUGCUUCUUCCUGUCGGUGCCAUGGGCGUACAUCGGCGUGGGCUCGGCGCUGAGCAUCCUCUUCCUGGUGGGCGUGACGGUGUACGGCGCCGCCAGACUGCGGGCGUCCGACCACAAGACGCACCAGCACCAGCCCAUCCCGACGCUGCCCACGGCCUCCGAGUCCCUGUUCUCCUCCGACAAGGACGCGGCGGAGCGGGACGGCGGCGUCACCUCCGCCUACAGCCUGGACUACAGCGAGGUGGACUACGUCACGACGUUAUGAGGCACGCACCCGCUAGCCACCCUCACCUCCACCCAGUCACUAGCCUCCUUCGCCACCAUCCAGCCAUCAGUCACUCGCACAACCGACCAACCGUGCACCGUCACCCGCACCACCACCGCCGCCAUCGCCGCCGCCGCCGCCGCUGCCGCCGCCUCCCGACAGCAGUCCCGCCCUCGCCGCCACGCCCGCACCUCCUCCAUGACCGCCCCCCUCCGCCCCUCCGCCGCCGCCGCCGCCCGUGCCAGCGAAUCGGCCGAGACCAUCUACGCGACGGUGAAUCGGGCCACCGCUCGGAGGAACACGCCGGGCGCCCUUCCGCUGGCGUUCGGCUCGCUCAACCUGUACUCCCGCGCCGCCCUCGACGCCAACGGGAGCCUCACCUUCUCCUCCGCCAACGCGCCCUCUUCCCACCCCCUCGCCGCCCUCGACACGCCCACGAGCCACCCGCGGCGCGCCCCGUAGCGGACCCGAAUUCACCCGAACUCCAACACAGUAGCGUGUGCACAGAGGUGAGAUGAGCCACGACCGCAAUAAAGAUAAUAAAAACAAAGCCCUUCCCAUCGCGGUCGUGGUUCAUUUCAUCCCCGAGUUCGUUCCCCUCGACUGCCAAUCCGGGUCUGGUUUAGUAUACAUCCUCCUCCCCUCCCCCCCGAAUCCAGCUGAUUAGAUCAUCGGAAUUUAGGAAUCUGACUCUCCCGUCUUACUGUGAUUAUGUUCUCUCUCGUGUUCAACGGAAAUGUUAUAGAUAUGCCAUAGAAUCUGAUAACGGUGAAAUGACUCUUAACUUGUAGCAUGACAUACGAAACCCAAAUUCACUGUUUUCCAUGUAAACACCGAAGUUAAUAACCAUAGCAGAAACCACUCGCCUGUUGCACAAUAUGUACAACUCCCUUUAUCUCUCUAUAUAUACCUGACUAUGUACACAUCUUGCACAGCAUCAUCACUACAUUUUCUUACGGAUGUUAUGACAAUACAAAAGAUAUAUAUAUAUAUGAACAAGAAAUGACAAUGAAAAAAAAAGUUUAGUACGAUCCAAUUCCUAGAGAUAACUUAUGCUUCUAGCCGUUCGCUCCUUUGAGAGGUAGCUGCUCUUUGUUCGUGUUUGUCGGCUAAACUGUUCCUCUGCAUUCGGUCAUUUUUCUUCUUUUUGAAUUGCGGUUAGUCUCAAUAGUUACACUGCAAUACCUGUUAUUUUUUAUUAGCAUUUAGAAACACUUCAUUGAAUAUGAUGAAUUAUAUAUAUAUAAAAAACACAUACACGAAUUAAUGAAUAUUGAAUGUUCUAUUAUCCAGUUAUUACUGCUUUGAUUUGUACAUUUUUACAGCCCGUAGGAAGGCAAGGAAAUGCUUAAUUUUUAGACUUAAUCUAGAUUGUUCUCUCUGAAGACGAUACCUGUAAAAACAACUGCCAUUUAUUGUAAAUAUUAAAUUGUAUUUUUAAAUAGGUAGGAUGUUGCUUUGGAAAUGAAUCACAUGUACAUAUAUUGCACAUUGCUGGAGAUUUCUACCUGUUUCUAAUGUACAUAGCUGUGGAAUGAGAUGUUUGUACUAUGUGAUACUGUAUUCUAGUAAUUUGUGAAAAAAAUAAAUAAAUUUAUAAAAAAUUAGCAGAUACACUAAAGUUACUUCUAUUCAUAGAUUAAACACAUUCAUUGUUAUAGUAAAAAAAAAACUCCCUGAAGGACUGUAAAAGUUAUUCAAAUUAUGUUAUUGUGUAUAUAAGUGUUACAGAAUGACCAUGCAUAUUGCUGUUUCAAAAGUCUAUGCUCCCAUAUUGUACAUAAUGUAACAAAGUUUCAGAAUA